GUCGGCAUGUAAUGCGGUUAUUCCUUGUCAACAUGUCACUUCUCAGAGUUUGUGCCUUCGUCAAGUGUCUUCAUCGGCGCAGUUUGCUGGAAAAGUGUACGUCUCGCGCCCCUCUUGCAGAAUGCUGUCAGCGGUGUCUGGCGGUGAGAAAUGGCGCAGUUAGGCUACUAGCAGACACUCAUUUGCAACCUCAUCGAAGAAACGUCUCAUUUUCAGUCCGGAAGACAGAAGAUGCAAAGAAACGUGUUGUGGAACAAACUCAGCUGUUAGAUGUGCUAGAGGCCAGGAUCCAGCAACUUCAACCUGAAAGUCUUUUUGAUGUCCAAAAAGCAAAUGUGGAGUUUCUUCAAGCCCCCUCAUCAGGGAGCCACAUCUCCUCUGUCAGAACUCCUAACACACCUCCAGAGAGGCAAGAUGUUUCCAAAUGGGCGCAGAAUGUCGUUAGGGAACCCUCUAAAUCCCAGCCCACUCGCUGGAUGGAAAAAUUAACUAAGGAGAAGAAAAGCAAGCUGAAAAAACGGCAGCACCUCCGUGAGAAGCUGCAGAAGAACGUCAAGGAGAAAGUGGUAGGAAAGCACCCCGGUGGUAAGGGCAACCCUAAACUUCCUGGCACAAGUUACAAAACGAUAUCGAGCAAAAACCCUGCUGGCUUGGCUGAGAAGAGCAACGUGAAUGCCAACGUUCAGGCUGCAUCACAAAAAGCCCCCAAAAGCAAACGAAAGAACCCUAAGAAUAAACCUCCCAGUGCAAAGAACCAUGUGACUGAUGAGGAGCUUGCACAGGUGGAGGAACUGGAGAGGAGGCUCAGUCAGCAAGCUAGACCGUGGUCCUGCCUGACUCAACCGGAGCAUCCGCUGCAGGCCACGGAAGGAGCCGUAGGGAACACCCGCUCUUGCAUCUUCUCUUGGCUGGAGGCGUGUGUGUUUGCGGGGGACAUUGAGCGAGCGCACAGUUUCCUGCUCAGCCAGCACAGAGUUCGGAGUCGACGGGCAGUUCUCGACACGGACGUUUACAACAUCAUGCUGCGAGUCUGGGCCAAAAAGGGCACCUUGAAUCAGAUUGGCCGUUUGUUUAUUCUCUUAGAGGAGGCAAGUCUGCGGCCAAAUAUUGGAUCGUAUUGUGCUGCUCUGGAAUGUAUGGGCCGUAGUGCUUACUGCUCCCCCCAAGUUAUUAAUAGAUGCUUGAACCAGAUGGAGGAGGAUGGCUUCUCUGUGGACGAUGUCUUCAGCCAAUGUGUGUUCCAGCUUGAUGAAAGAGAAAUGGCACUGAAAGCUGUACGCGUCAUCCACCCUGACUACCAGCCAGCCUCCAACCACACUACAAGCCAAAGCCCCCCUUCCUUGGUUCAGGACCUUUACACAAAGAGGGAUAACCACCAGUACCCGAAGCUGGAUUUCACUCGAGAUGAGCUCCAGGAACGUUUCAAAUUCCAGCUAGACAUGGAGCAUGCCUGCACAGUCACCAUUGACUCUGUAGAGGCGGAAAAGCCUAUCACAGAACACAUGGCUAAAAUGAGGGCGUUGCUGCUGGAGCAACGGGCUCACUGGCGCAGAGCCCUCCUCCAGGCCUUCAGGGAGGGCAAGAUGAUCCUGGGGAAGACCAACACCAAGGACUUUAGACUCAACCUCUAUCCCUACUUCUGUUUGCUGGAGGACAAUGACUAUGUUGACAUCAUGAUACAGAGUGUUUCCAGCAUGCCUCCCAGCGGAGAGUCCCUGAUGACUUUAGCCAAAGAUGUGGGCAGCCGCAUUUACACCAAGUACUCUGUUCAGCAAAAGUACAGGAAUCACAUGGUGGAAAAGCUGGGCAGCAUUUACAAUGCUUACACAGACCUGCUAGCCAAAGACACCAAGGCAUAUAAUGUCCUUCCCAGGGAGGAGUGGUGCAAGCUGGAGACAGCACAUCCAUCAGGGCCCACACUCCUGGGGUGUGAAUCCUCAUGGCCGUACAUAGUAACUUUGGAGCUGGGAACGUACCUGCUGGAUCUGAUGGUGAAGAACCUCAAAAUUAAUAGCGACAUCCUGAACUCGUCCUACGACAGGAAGCGCAUCCCCAUCCUUUACCACAUGUACACUUUUCGCAGCAACCGACAGGUGGGCUUCAUAAAGCCCCACCCCAUCCUGACACAGAUGCAGCAGGAGGCCAUGGAGACUAAACUUACCUUUGACUCCUCCGUAAUGCCCAUGCGUUGCCCUCCUUUGCCCUGGACCUCGGUCAAGUUUGGUGCGUACCUGCUGACCCCUGCCAAGCUGAUGCGCAGUGUGGAUGGGGUGACCCAGCAUGAGGAGUUGUUGGAGAGAUGCCAGAACCUUCACCCAGUCCUGGACUCCCUUAACCAGCUGGGUAACUGUGCCUGGAGGAUCAACAAACCUCUCUUGGACGUCAUCAUCUCUAUCUUUAAUGAUCGAGGUAGCGACAAGCUAGACAUCCCUCCUCCCGUCUCAGAGGCCCCCAAAAUUCCCCUCUUCAACCCGCAGGACCCCUCUUACACUUCCACUGAGAAGGCUCACAUGAAGAGGGAGGUCAUCAUCGCCAGAAAAAAAUGCAGCGAAAUGCACAGCUUACGCAUGGACGCUCUCUAUAAACUGUCCAUCGCCAACCACAUCAGAGACGAGGUCUUCUGGUUCCCGCAUAAUAUGGAUUUCCGGGGACGCACCUACCCCUGUCCUCCGUACUUCAAUCACCUGGGAAGCGACGUAACCCGCUGUAUCCUGCUGUUCGCAGAGGGCAAGCCGCUCGGGCCUAAGGGCCUGAACUGGCUCAAGAUCCACUUGGUCAAUCUCACAGGCUUGAAGAAGAGGAGCUCGCUGCAAGGAAGGCUAGAGUACGCCGAUUCUAUUAUGGAAGACAUUCUGGACUCUGCUGACCACCCAUUGAAUGGUAAGAAAUGGUGGAUGAAUGCAGAUGAGCCGUGGCAAGCGCUCGCCUGCUGCAUGGAGAUCGCCAACGCUGUGAGAUCUCCAGACCCAACGCAGUUCAUCUCGCAUUUUCCUGUGCACCAGGACGGCUCCUGCAACGGGCUCCAGCACUAUGCCGCGCUUGGUCGAGACGUUAUUGGCGCCACGUCAGUCAACCUCAUGUCCUGUGACGUGCCGCAGGACGUGUACAGUGGAGUGGCGCAGCAGGUGGAGGAGUUCCGUGCUCGUGAUGCCAAGAGCGGCCUGAAGAUUGCCCAGGUCCUGGAGGGCUUCAUCAACAGGAAAGUGGUCAAACAGACUGUGAUGACCGUGGUGUACGGGGUCACGCGCUACGGGGGAAGGCUCCAAAUAGAGAAGCGGCUGAAGGAGAUUGAUGAGUUCCCCAAGGAAUAUGUAUGGGAAGCAUCUCACUACCUGGUGCGACAAGUGUUCAGCGGCCUCAAGGAGAUGUUCACAGGGACGAGAGAGAUCCAGGACUGGUUAACGGAGAGCGCGAGACUCAUAUCCAAGGCGGGACACACCGUGCAGUGGCUGACGCCCCUGGGUUUGCCCAUCAUCCAGCCCUACCACCGUAUACGUCACCAUUUGCUCAGGAGCCCCAUCCAAUACCUCAACCUCCAGAUCAGCCAUGACACCAAACAGAGCCCAGACACAGUGAAGCAGAAAAACGCGUUCCCGCCAAACUUCAUCCACUCGCUAGACUCCACACACAUGAUGUUGACAGCACUUCACUGCCACAGCUUCGGUUUGACAUUCGUCUCAGUUCAUGACUGUUUCUGGACACACGCCCUUACGGUGGACACCAUGAAUAAGGUCAUCCGGGAGCAGUUUGUGGCACUGCACAAUCAGCCCAUCCUCCAAGAGCUGUCUGACUUCCUGCUCCACAAGUACUGCUCCAGGCUCACGGCUGACAGCAAAAACAAAAAGUAUCUGGAGGACCGGCGGCUCAUGCUGUUGCUGGCCAAAGUGCCACAGACAGGAACCUUCGAUCUCAGCCAGGUGAAAAAAUCCAUCUACUUCUUCAGCUGAGCGCCACCAUGGAGUCUUCACGGCGCAUCUUGAUUCCAGACCACGCCCCGCCCGCUUUUUCCUGCCUCUCGGAUGUUUGGCAUCCUGGAAGCUGAGCCUGAUUGAAUGGGCUCUUGUGCGUUAAAGGCCAGGACGCCGAGAAAGACUUGAAUCAAGGAAACGCGGCGUUUUCAUAACAAAACGAUUGCAUCAGAGGACGAGAGCUGCACUUGUGCUCAUCGAGUAGCAGUGAUUGGCGGUGUGCGUUUCUGGUGGGCGGGCAGGUGUGUGAAGACCCCCCCCCCCCCCCCCGCCAAGUGUUAACCUACCAUCAUCUUCAUCCAUCAAUCAGAACACGAGAGCGUUUGAGGUGGUCCACUCUGCCAUUCUAAAAAUAAAAAAAACCUGAGAGGAGCUGUUAUUACACAAAACUCAUAAAUAAUAAACAUUUUCACCGCACUGGGAAGAAAAAAAUUAAUUACAUUAUGAGAGUAAAGUUGCAUAUUUUCAAUUAAAAAAACUUUUUUUUUUCUUUAGAAAAAGGACACUUUUCAAGGGAAUUAAAAAAACAAAAUUAUUUACUACAAUAAAAGUAUUUUAAUGACUGGGAGUUUUCAAAUUCAGUUAAAACAAAUUAGUUUUAUUUUUUAUUUAAUCCUGUGAUAUUUUGACUUUUUUUUCUUGAAAAAAGAUUGAAUUCUCCUUAAAAACUGCAAAAAUGUUAUGACUGGUACAAAUCUCAGAGCAUUUUCUUGUUAUUGUAUGACUAAAGAAAAAAAAUGUCAAAGUUUUUAUUUUUUUAAAGUGGGUAUACUAUGAGACAAAAAGUAUUUUUUUUUACAUGCAAAUCACAAAAAAACAGAAAAACAAGGUUUUGAAUUUUAACCUCGUAAUAUUAAAACAAAAAAGUAAAUUGUAUGACAGGACUGUUUCUUGGAAAAUACUUUUUUUUGAGAGAGAGAGUGAGAAAAGGUUUGACACUUAAAUUUACUUUAAAUUACAAUCUCAUUAAAUUUGAACUUUUAUCAUGUCAUAUUCUGACCAUUGAAGAAAAAAAUCCCCCCACCCAAAAAAAAAAACUUUUUCCCUUGUCAAGUUACAACUUUAUUCCCUUAACAUUUUACUCUCAUAAAAAUACCAGUAGUAGUAGUAUCUUUUUUUUUUUCUCCCCCUCUCAGUGCAGCUGUAGUACUCCUUUGUACUAGGAGGAUGUGACAGUUGUCCCAAAACACAAAAGUGUUGUUUCAAGUAAAAGUAUACUUGCAUGUCCUAUCAAGCUGUCCAAGAUCUUAAAAGGCCUGCCUCCUCUUUUAAGAGUCACCACAAAAGCAUCCGCUGCUCACAUCUUUGUUCUUUUUUGAAAAAAAUUGUAUUACCUGGAAUAUUUCAGCACAGGGCAUUUAAAAAUAGCACAAGUGCUUUCAGAUGCCGUGUGCAAUGCAUUUUUAAGACCAACGUGGCCGAACAACUGAGCUGUUUGCACCUGGGGACACCACUCGUACUGUAUUUCAGAAUCAGAAUCAUCUUUAUUUGCCAAGUAUGUCCAAAAACACACACAAGGAAUUUCUCUCCGGUAGUUGGAGCUGCUCUAGUACGACGAGAUGACAAUUGACAAAACACAGUUCAUCAUGUCUGCUUACCUCCUAUUUAUACUUCAAAUCAUCUUUUACAAAAUGUGAUGAUUUCUAGUUUGUGACGGGGAUUGACGGUUCUGUGGCAGCAAAUGUCAUAAUCCUAAACUGAAAGUCACUGGUUUUAUGUGUGUGUGUAAGCGCUUACAUUAAAUGAAGAAUGUAUUAUUUUUGGAACUGUGCCUCUGGUUUAUUUCUUUAGGCAAUUACACAAGGGCAGAGAACAGUUAAGGCAAAAUAUGGUGUUAGCUGUCAUUUUAGUGUAGCAAUUUAAAAAAAAAUAAUAAUAAAAAAACUUGUAUUAUUUAAAUAAGGUAUAUUAAAAGUACUUUCAAACAUUUCCGUCCAUCCAUGUUAAUUUUACAUAGAUUAAAAACACAAAAUAGGGGCAGUCAGAAGCUAUAAAACAUGAACAUGGGUAUUAUUUUUAUAUUAUUCAAUGACAGAAUAUUAUAGUAGUAGUAAAAAAAUGGCAAUUGUCUUAAAGUAUUAAAGUAAAAUGUAUAAAAUAUUUGGUCAAAUUAAAUUUUAAAUUAGGGAAUUGUUUAAAUCUUAAUAAAAGAGAAAAACUAAGAUAUACCUUUUUCUUAAAAUGUUCUUGAGUAGAGCAAUUUUAUUUUAUUUUUAUAAAGUCUUAAAUUACAAUAAAUUGUAAAUUCUCAAGAGUAAAAUUGUAACAUUUCACAAAAUCCUGUUUUUUACAAGAAUAAAGUCAUAACAUAUGACAGUAAUUUUUGGGAGAAUAAUAGAGAGUAAGAGAAUAAUAUCCUUAUUUUCCAAGAAAACUGUUUUAAAUUUUACGAUAAUAAAGACAUCUAAAAAAUUAAGUCAUAAUUUUACAAGCAUAAAUGUAAAGAUGUCAUUUUACAAGAAGUUACCAUUUUUAAGAGAAUUGACUCAUGUUGUGGCAUGAAUAAAAUGUAAUUUUAUGAGGGAAAGUUCUUAAAAUUAUGUGAACAUUUGUUGAAGUUUUUUUGCUCAAAAAAGGUUUAGUUUGAAGAGUUUGGUUUGGAAGAACCCUUUGAAAUGAACUACAAUGGAUUUUCAGGUACAACAUCUGUGACCUUAAUACAGUUUUAACUUUACUAUAAAACAAAUUCUAACUAUAAAUAUAUGUGUAUGUAUUAUCAGAUUAAAGCUAAUAAAAUUAUGAUUAUAAAUGUUUAUUUUGGACAUACUUGGCAAAUAAAGAUGAUUCUGAUUCUGAUAUUUUUUUUUUAUUAGAAUAGUCAGAGAAAAAAUUAAUUAAUUAGCAUAGUCAUAUGACAAAAACAUGAUGUAAAUCUUAGAAACAUAUGUUAUAUGUACAAAUGUAAUAGAGGUUAAACACUAAUUCAAUGAUUUUGGGGGUGAAAAAAGACAUGCUUUUGGAAAACGUCAUAUUUUCCAAGAAAAGAAAAAUGUAUU